UGAUUGCCACUUUCCAAAUACUGGCAUACUCGCUGGAAUUCCCGCACAGCCUGUAUCCCUUUAAAUAACAUUUGUUGCUCUUUUUGGUUACAUGAGAUUUUGAGUUGUGUCUUCAGAACGCCAAUAUCCAAUCACUGUCCACAACCAGUUACAAAAUAUGUUACUGUCCUAUAGUUAGCAUAUAUGUUUGUUGUAACAUACACUUGUGUGUGUGUGUCGGGGGGGGGCUUAUAUAGUGUUCACUUGUCAUGGGCUCUCGCGAGAGGAUGUUGUCAUGACCGUAUGUGUGACAGGGAUCAUGAAAACUUAAUUGCAGCAAGUGGCACAAUGGGUACUUUCCAAAAAGUGUCAUCAUACCUGCACAUGGUCCCACACAGAGGAACAUGGACAGGGUCCCAGUGUCAUAUGUGAGGCACUCAGCAGCUGAUAGGGGGAUGGGACCUGAGCCGUCCUUCCUGGGGAGGGGGUGAAGGGCAGGAUAACAGCUGUUGUGGAGCAGUUUCUCUGAUUGUGUGCUAUGUGCCUGUUGCUUCAUGUCUCCUGUGAGUGAGCUGUGCUAUGAAUCUGUCUUACAAGUCUUUUCAGCCCGUCGGUUCUAUGCUACAAUCUCACUCUCCUCUCUCAUAUUUCACAUAUUUCUUUUUCUUAUAACUCUUUAUUAUUGCACCUUACAUUUCUCCUGAUCUAAUCUGUCGAUCUUACCCUGAGUUCAUCAUCAUCCUCAUCUAUCAAACUUUCUGUCCCCAUCCUGACAUGGAUACUCUCAGCAACUGUGUGUCUGCCCCAGUGUGUGCCUGCUCGGAGAUCUGUGCCCGUAUAGUAGGCAGUAUGUGUAUGAGACGAGGAUAUCACUUGUGGCUGGCAGCCAUGGUCAGUCUGACCCCCUUCCUGCAGGGACUAAAUAACCCCCAGAGCAUUUUCUCCAACGCCAAUAACUUCUUCAACGUGAAGUUCGUGCAUUGCUCCUGCGGUUGGACGUUUCUGCUCCUCUGUGGAUUUGUUUUGCUGGUGUCUUUGGUACCUACUGGUCGUCCACUACUCUGUCUUAUGCAUCUGACAAGGCUGGGAGUAAGUACAGCUCUGUGCCAAGGUUUUCCCUACCUUUUCAAGCUAUUGGAGGAUCUUACUGGUUCCUGUCACCAGCCAAUGCCACCGGGCACACUGCUUCUACCUCGUCUGGAAAAUAGACAAAGCUGUCAAGCAGAAGGGCACCAAUGGCAGGGUUAUCAUAUUUCUCCCCAAACUUUUACCCUCACCUUAUGCAGCUUAUCUCUGGCAGAAGAGCUAUCUGUGUUUGUACGCUAUCUGCGAAGGGGCUACCCAGCUGGCACUGCCCUGCAUUUAGUAUUCUUGCUGAAUGCCAGUCUUCUGGGACUGUACAAUAUGCUUUUGUUGUGCACCGCACUUUAUGCCCCUAGCUAUACACAGAGUGUGAUUGGUGCAGCAACGGGGACCCUGUGCUGGCACCUUACCUAUCGCGGCUGGUACCGUAAAUGCUAUUCACCUGGACCACCUGGUUAUGGAAUGUUUCCUAGAGUGACAGCAACCAGAAAUAAGCUGGAUUGAGAAAGAACUGACAUUUUACAUGGCAUUUCCCCACUCCUGGUCCAUGACCAGCUGAGAUUUUCCUCAUGAAAACUAAUGACAAAUGCAAUAUUUACUAUUCAUUUUUAAGCAGUACCUGGACUCUAUCAUAUACACAUGCUAACCAAAUUCAAAAUAAUGCAAUUAUCUUCUCCAUUCCCACAAAUAAUGGUAUCGCAUCCCCACCUGGUAUCUGUAUCUAUAUAUCUAUAUCUGUAUUCAUAAUAAAUAAUUUUAUGCAAAAA